AUGGCUGAGGCUACACCAGAUGUCAUGCCAUGCAACGGAUGCCACAAUCUCCGGAGUCCCCAUUUCGAAGCAGAAAUAUCCGUCAUACUAGCAUGUGCAGCCAGAUGCGACUCCUGCGCCCUCCUCAAGGAGAGCAUCGAAAAUUUUGUCGAUGUGAACAAGGUUCAGCGUGUCUCUGGCAUGAUCGACGGUCCGCUCUAUCUCUCGUUGACGAUGAAGCCCGGUGGCGUAGAUUUUGUCAUUGAACUCUUCACAAUAGAUGGCCAGCCGACAAGAUGGAAGAACAUCGGACGAGGCCGACUUCUUGACUUUAAAUACAGGGCUUUGCCGCUGAUACGCAGCUGGAUCAUUGAUUGCGAUACGAGGCUUCGCAUUACCGAGGAGGGCGAUGAAGACAGGUACUUCGCCCUCAGCUACUGCUGGGGUCGUUAUGAAGGUGUCACCACUACCACAGCCAACAUUUCGGAACACGAGCAGAGGAUAAUCUUUGGCAAAACGGAACGGUUGUUCAAGGAAGUCGCGGAGAUAACAAGAAGGCUAGGUGUCAGGUAUCUCUGGAUUGACGCGCUGUGCAUCAUUCAAGAUGAUGAGGAGGACUGGGCUCGCGAGACCUCCCGGAUGAGGGAUAUAUACGGUAAUGCUGUAUUGACAAUUGCUGCCAAUACAGCGAAGGAUCCAUCCUGCUCACUGUUAGGAAGCUGCAAUAUACGCGCCUCGGCCCAUCAGACUCGGCUCAUUGCCACCCAAGGCCCUGCUGAGAUGACGCUCUCUGGUGUCUACGCCCGACGGCGAUCGCGCCUCCCUUCACACACUGACACGGCCCCGCAUUCAAGCGUCGGAAACCUCGUCGACCAGCUUGGGGCUCGAUCAUGGGCUCUUCAAGAAUCUAUUCUUCCCACACGAAUCCUUCACUUUUACAACGAGGAAAUCGUUUGGUCCUGCUUUUCCGUGCAGCGUUAUGAAUGCCGCAUCCUCAGCUCGGCCGCUGCCCCCCGCAACCCAUUUCGCAAACUACUCUCGGAGGAUGGAAAUCCCCAUCCGGCGUCACUACUGCAAGUCUGGACUAAAUCCGUCCAGGUUGUGACGCAAAGAAAGUUGACUGUCGCAACAGAUAGGUUGCCAGCGGUUUCGGGGCUGGCAAGGUUUGUGCGGGACCAUUUGGAUUCGGGAUAUCAAGCCGGCAUGUGGUGUGUCGACUUGCCCUAUUCUUUGCUCUGGAGGAGCGAUCACGAGGCUGCGCUGAAAAGGGGGGAGAUGAUUGAGAGGCUGCCAACGUUUCCCUACGCCCCAAGUUACUCGUGGGCUUCGGUCCUCGGCCCCGUCAAGUACAUUCCUCGCCAUUUGGAUCAGUUUUCGUACCGGAGGAGUGGGAAGGACGAGGUCAUACCUAUUCUGAGGGUUUCGGCGGGGACGGCAAAUCCUAUGACGGUGAAUGAGUUUGGACCGGCCGAGAAUUGCUUUGUUGCUGCUAUCGGACAGAUUUUGCCAGUGGAGUUUGAUGUCGAGGCCAAUACGUGGAAGCUGAUGGGCGGGUCCAAUGAUGAGGCAGGAGAUUUCGAAGCUGCUGUUGCCGCUUUUGGUGCUGCUCUCGAUGCUGAGAAUGUGCUUCCUCCGACUUUCAGUCCCGAGGGCGGAAUCGAGGCCGGGAUUGGGGCCGGGACUGGGGCCGCCGAAGCCGCCAGAGAGACGCAGGUUGGGGUAGUGGAACCAACCUUCAUUUUUGAUGUGCUAGAGGAGUCACCUGCCGUCAGUCCUGACGUGCUGGCUGGUGGGGAAAGUUACGCUCUCUUGAGGGCAGGGAGGUACAUCUGGAAGGGUACGUGGUCGACGGCGUCUACGGAGGUCGUGGCGAUUAUUCUUGUGAAACUCGGAACAUCCCCCGAAGGGUUGGGGGUAUAUGCGCGGAGGGGACUUGCGCUUCAUGCUUUUCAUGUGGAGAAGGAUUGGGGAUCGGUGCCCGUGGAAACAAUUCUAAUUUGUUAA